GGAGCUUGUUGACUCGGUAAAAGCUUCAACAAUUACCAUUUUAAUGGCUUCAACAAAGUUUACGUUAAUCCCAAUCUUACCCUUCCAAAAUCUUCGUUUCUCGUCUUCUCCUUUCUCUCAGAUACACCGGAAACGCCUCUCUCUCAUCGCUCGCUGCAGAGCUCGCCGGAGGUCACGACUGAAACAGGCGGAAAAAGACGUGUCCAUGACGAUGCCGUCUUACCGUCGGGACCGAAGCGAAGAGUCGCUUUUGAUUACCGUAGAUAGUGGACGUAAAGGUGAAAUGCUAACAACAGAUGUGGAAGAAGGGACAAGCUCUGGUAGUAAAAAUGCAGUCCGUAAAAACAGACGUCUUAGUAGCAGAAUCAAAUGCUUUGGGGUGGAAUUGUCGCCGGAUAAUAUUGCUGUUGCAAUGGUGUAUUUUGUUCAAGGUGUUUUAGGCCUUUCUAGACUUGCUGUCAGUUUCUACUUAAAAGAUGAUUUGCAUCUAGAUCCUGCCGAGACAGCUGUGAUAUCUGGUUUUUCUGCAUUACCAUGGCUUGUCAAACCUCUUUAUGGGUUUAUUAGUGAUUCUGUCCCACUUUUUGGUUAUCGAAGAAGGUCAUACUUGGUUCUUUCAGGACUUCUUGGUGCUCUUUCGUGGAGCUUAAUGGCUACCUUGGUUGAUAGCAAGUACAGUGCUGCUUUCUGCAUACUUCUUGGAUCGCUUUCUGUUGCCUUCUCAGAUGUUGUUGUGGAUUCCAUGGUGGUCGAGAGGGCCCGCGGUGAGUCACAAAGCUUGUCAGGUUCUCUUCAGUCUUUAUGUUGGGGUUCUUCAGCUUUUGGUGGAAUUGUCAGCUCCUACUUCAGUGGCUCUCUGGUGGAUGCUUAUGGUGUCAGGUUUGUUUUUGGGGUCACGGCAUUGCUACCGCUGAUAACUUCGGCAGUUGCUGUUCUUGUGAAAGAACAGCGCGUUCUUGGUCCAGCAAGAGGACAGAAUCUUGCUUUGAAUGAUCUUGGCUUUCUGGAAAGCUCAAAGCAGCAUAUUAUUCUGUUGUGGGAUGCAGUCAAGCAGCCCAAUGUAUUUCUUCCCACGUUAUUUAUUUUUCUCUGGCAGGCAACACCGCAAUCAGACUCUGCUAUGUUUUACUUCACCACAAAUAAACUUGGUUUCACCCCAGAAUUUCUAGGACGUGUCAAGCUUGUCACCUCAAUUGCAUCAUUGGUUGGGGUUGGACUUUAUAAUGGCUUUCUGAAAAAUGUUCCUUUGCGGAAGAUUUUUGUUUUUACCACCGUAAGUGGUACAGCUCUUGGGAUGACUCAGGUUUUCCUUGUAACUGGACUAAACCGUAAAUUUGGCAUAAGCGAUGAGUGGUUUGCGAUUGGGGAUUCUUUGAUUCUGACUGUUCUUGCUCAGGCUUCUUUUAUGCCCGUUCUUGUGCUAGCUGCCAAAUUAUGUCCAGAAGGGAUGGAAGCAACACUUUUUGCGACUCUCAUGUCCAUUUCAAAUGGAGGAAGUGUUCUUGGAGGGCUGAUCGGUGCUGGUCUAACCCAGCUUUUUGGAGUUACAAAGGACAGCUUUGACAACUUAGCCUUUUUGAUUAUUCUUUGCAAUCUCACUUCAUUGCUGCCUUUGCCACUCCUAGGGCUUCUUCCCUCGGAUACCUCUGAUACCGUUGUGGUGGAGGAUGGUGGCGAUAUUGAGAUGAAGGCUAGUUAAAUUUGUGAUGGUCAACAUUAAAAGCACAUGCUUCACCUCUCAAUCAUUUCUUGUGCCCCACUGAAGAUGGUAUGCAUUUUGAUUGGCUGCACCUUACGAAUACAACACAGAGAGGGAGAAAGAGAUUUUGUAAGUAUUACGGAGUUGGUUAGAGAAGUAGAGACAUAUCCCAUAGUUAUUGUGUUUAAUUGAAAUGAUUGCAGUUGUAUUUGAUUGCAAUCGGUUUGAAAGAUGACUUGAUGUGCUGAGCUCUUGGUAUCAAUGAAUAUGUGAUCGAAGAGCUUUUCUUUAGCUGUAUCUAAUUUGAAAGAUGUAGCAUUUACCUCCA